UGUAGAACUUGAAGCCACUUCUCUUCCUGUGUGUGAAGCAGGAGACUGAGCGUAUUUUGCUGAUAUCAGUCAGCUUGUAUAGUUUCUUGUGUUGAGUCUUUUUUUAACCUUAGAAAAAUGAAUAACUUCUCUUUGCUAGUUGCUGUUGCUGGUAACAAAAUCAGCGACUUGGCAAAUGCUGUUGUAAUGCUAGAGCUCUUCUUUGAGUGCGUUUGCUUUUAGCUGUUUCGGGGAUGCUCCUCUGUACAUACAUCAGUCUAAUUUUGGUGCCCGAAGGAAGGAGGGUGGAGAACAGCCACCAGCUUUCUUUAAGGAAAGAUAAAUAAAUAAUAAGAGUGCUACUCAUCUCUUAAAAGCAGUUUACUUCCACACAUCUUUGUUUGAUGGCUGCUGAAAAGGCCCAGAAAUCCCACAUCUGCAAGACCAAAUAAAAAAAAAAAAACCAUUCCCCCCCGCUCCUUUACACCAUCUCUUGGUGAAUUGUCCCUCUGUCUCGUGAGAGUUAAAGCCCUAUCUGGGGGACCUUGCUGCAAGCUCUCAACCACUCUCAGCAAAACAAAGAAAAGAACAAGUUCUUUCAUGUUAAAAAGACAAGCCUGUUGUGACCUUGCUAACUGUUCAUAUUCCCUGGGUAGCAGAGACUCUUAAAUGAUGACUUGUGUGAAGACAGACACGGUUAUUUUUCUCUUCACGGGUAUGACACAGUGAAACGUAGCACCAAUCAAGUAAGAGCGCAGGCACUUAGUAAACACUCAGACCACAUUAGACUUCAUAAAGUUGUAUCCAUCAUUCUGGAUCUAGUAGAACCAUAGGACGGGAAUCUACAAAAUAAGUGAAGUUUGGCGAAAAUGGCCAGUGAAUUUAAUCUAAACUUCUUGAAGGAAUUGGAACGAGAGGCUGUCCUGGAAGUCCUGUACCGUGACCAGAUGGUGAGAAAAACAGAGGAGGAAAGAAUAAGGAAACUGAAACUGCAGCUGCAGCAGCUUCGGUGGAAGGGGGCAAGAAAUGUAGGCCAUGAAUACCAGGAGAGAUCUUGCGCUCGCUGUCAGAAAUCACUUGGGUUAUUGAUGAACAGAGGUGCAGUAUGCAAUGGGUGCAGUCAUCGAGUAUGCUCUGAAUGCCGUAUCUGCCUGAAUCCCUGUGUUUGGAAAUGCACUGUUUGCUACGCUCAUGGAGAUGUGAAAGUAAAGGCUGGUGAAUGGUUCUUUGAGGAACGAGCAAAGAAAUAUCCAGGUGAAGGCAGACAUGAAACAGUUGGUGCAAAGCUCUUGAAAUCUUAUCAGAAACUGAGUAAAAUUUCUGUUGUACCUCCAACUCCACCUCCUUUCACAGAAUCCACAGCAGGAAGCAACGUGACGGUAAAUGAACUCAGUCAAUCUAAAAGUUUUAAUAAAUCUGUGGAAAACUUGUUUUUGUCUCUCACAACACAUAUAAAAAAAAUCUCUAAGUCCCAGAAUGAUAUGGCUGAUGGACGUCUCCUAACCACAGAUUAUGGGCAGAAUGUGGAAAGAAGGAAGCAAAGAAGGAGCCAGUCUGACACUGCCAUCAACAUUACAAGCAGGAUGAAAAGUACACCCAGUCUUCAGCAGCUCAUCAGUGGGGCCCCAAAUGACAGUGAAAUUCUGACCAAAAGGAAUUGCAGUGAGGAAGAAGAUAUAACAACCAGUCCUACAAGUGAUGCAGUUUUCUGUGAUGGCAGAAAAUAUGGCAGUUUAUUUAGUCUUAACAGCACUUGCACUGAGUCUGGCAAUUUUGGCAAGGCUAACGUCACGGGAGAAAUAGAGUUUGCCAUAAGAUACAUCUUCAAAGCUUGUAUCUUAGAAAUUUGCAUCAAGGGAUGCAAGAAUCUGUCUUACGGAGAAGAGAAGAAGAAGAAGUGCAACCCGUAUGUUAAGGUUUAUUUACUUCCUGAUAAAUCUCCUCGGAGUAAGCGGAAGACAGUUGUCAAAAAGAGCACAGUGGAUCCAGAAUUCGAUGAGACUUUGAAGUACAAGAUUGAAUACUCCCAGCUGAGAAGUCGGCAGCUUCAGAUCUCUGUGUGGCAUGCAGGAGCACUCAAAUACAGGGUGUUUUUGGGGGAAGUGGUGAUUCCACUGGCAGCGUGGAAUUUUGAAGAGAACUCGAUGCAGUUGUUCAACUGGUACCAGCUCAAACCCAAGCUUGAAAAGCCUGAAGAUGAUCUUAUCCAGUACAGUGGCGAACUCCUCGUGUCUGCAAGACUGUCAGUACCAGCCCAGUAUAAAAAUUUCCAGUUUGAAGGAAAAAAAGACCAAGGAGUUCCCAACUGCCAGCUUCAGGUUAUGAUAUUUGGGGCCAAGAACUUGCCCAUGCUGAGAUCUGUUGGAAUGCCAAACUCAUUUGUUAAAGGUUGCCUUAUCCUUCCAGACCAAGCAGAGGUAAAGCGAAAGUCUCCUGUCCUGAAGAAAGAAGCCUGUCCCCAGUGGAAACACUUGUUUGUCUUUGAUGGUGUUACCCCAGCUCAGCUACAGCAAUCAUGUCUACACUUGACUGUCUGGGAGCAGUCAACUUUCAGCUCAAGCGAUCAGUUCCUAGGAGGAGCCAAGCUUGGUGCAAGUAUGUUCUUUCUCACUAAAAAUGAAGAGGAAUCGCUUGACUGUACAGACCUUCUUUCUCAGUCAGUGCUCCAAUGGCAGGAAGUGCUCCACAGCCCAAACAUGUGGGUGGACUUUACGCUUGUACUGCAUUCAAAUAAGGAAAACUUUAAAUCAUGAGAGAUUACUGCACAACAAUUUUUCCUCCCUUAUAUGUGAUGUUUUAAAUUCAAGUGGCACAUGCCUUUCAGGUCUGAGGAAAGGUAUGCUAUUACAGUACCUACUCCACCUUUUGGGGAAUAAAGUUAUG